AUGACACCGCUCCUGGCGGUCGACCCACCCUACCCACGCCGUGGAAUCGUGACUGCCAUGUUCAAAGAAAUGACCAGUCAGGCGAUCCAAGAUAAGACAAUCAUGGUCAUUGGUGCAGACAAUGAUAUCAAUGUUCAUGUUUAUGAGAGUUUCGGGUUCGAACUGAAGGGUAAGACCGUUCUUGCGAGCUCUGUUAAGGGAGAAAGCUAUCGGCUUUUCGCGCUGAAGAAGACUCCCUGA